AUGUCUAGCGUUUCUAGGAGAUAUAUAUCGCUUGUGAAGCCUGGGUCGUCGAGCGUUCCGCCCAUUGCGCGCCUGCUGGCGCCUAAUGCAGCAGCGAAGGCGCUGUUCCCGUCGGAGGAUCUCGGCAGCACGCAGUUCGAGCUGCUGGGCGAGUCCGGGACACUGGCGCGGGCGGCCGUGCCGGCCGGGACGUCGCUCUACGUGCGGCGCGGCUGCAUGGUGUCGCUGUACAACCGGUCCGGGCUGCGCGACAUCGCGAUGUCGCACCAGUGGCUCCAGCCCGCGGCGCGGAUGCUCCGGUACCGCUCGCUGAAGGCGUCGAUCUACUACCGGUUGUCGAGCCCCGCGCACCUCAACUGUCUGCUGGCGCCCAACUUCAUGUCGCAGCAGCUGUGGCGGGCGCGGCCCGUCGCGGGCCGCACGCUCUGCCCGCUGACACUCGACGGUACGUCCGACUGGUUCGUCUUCGGCCGAGACGCCGUCGUGGCCUACGAGUCCAACUCGUCGCUCGUCAUACAGGAAGGCCCGUUCCGGUGGCCCUUGCGGCGCGCCCACCCGCUGGGCUCCAAGCUGCAGCUGGCGCAGGGCCGCGGCAGCCUGCUACUUAGCGGCUACGGCACCGUGUACCGCGUCGACCUCAAGGACGCGGCGGACGAGCUCAUCCUGCAGCGCCGGCACCUGCUGGCGAUCAACGGCGCGGCGCCAGCAGACAUCCACGCCUGCGCCACGCCAUACGACAUGCUUCCGCCGGCGCGCGCGGCCCGCGUGGUCCCACCACUCGUGUCGCUCAGCGCGGAUCGCCGAGUGCACGUGGAGUGGUCCAACCUCUGCCGCUGGUUCUCCGCACAAGCCUCGCACGCCCGCAGCCUGGCGCAGCGCCUAUACGCCCGCUACCUCCACGGGCCUUCCGACUUCGUCAAGAUUCGGGGGCCCCGCACGCUCAUGGUCCAGAGUAUGUACAGCGGUAGCGCUCCUCUUCCCAGCGUGCCAGCCCGCGCUGCGCCCCAGCCACUCUACACCACAGAUAUGGACUCGCUGCCUGAGCUGAAGGUUUCAGACGCGAAGAACUACCUCAGCUAUGCGUCGGUCGGGCCAGACGGCAAUGUUUCGUUCCGCAGCACCCCUGACUUCAAGGAUUCCGUGAAGCAAAUCGAAUUGGCCAAGAACAGGAGGUAA